GGAAGGUCGUGUGAGCACGCCCAAAUUAGUGAGGAUGGCAAAUCCGAAAAUUGACAAACCUCGAACUAACUCACAGUACUAAGACAAGAGAUCUGUAUAGAAUUAAGAAGUAAUAAGCCAAUUAACUAUAGAAUGCCUCCAAAAGCCGAUUGGGACAAGUAUGUUGCCCCACUCGAUGACGAUGAAAAGAAUCAAGAAAAGAUAACUCCAUUAAGUGAGGGAGAUAUUCAAGUAUUAAAGACUUAUGGAGCAGCACCUUAUGCAAGUCAAUUAAAACAAAUUGAAAAGGAUUUAAAAGAUAUUGAAGAUAGAAUAAAAGAAAAUAUAGGAGUUAAAGAAAGUGAUACAGGAUUAGCUCCACCUCAUUUAUGGGAUGUUUUAGGAGAUAAACAAAGAAUGAGUGAAGAACAACCAUUACAAGUGGCAAGAUGUACUAAAAUUAUUGAAGCUACUACACCAGCUGUAGCAGGAGCUCUUCAAAAUGCUGAUAAUAAAUCUAAAUAUGUUAUUAAUAUUAAACAAAUAGCGAAAUUUGUCGUUGGAUUAGGUGAAAGAGUAUCUCCAACCGAUAUUGAAGAAGGUAUGAGAGUUGGAGUAGAUCGACAAAAAUAUGAAAUACAAUUACCAUUACCUCCAAGAAUUGAUCCUUCAGUAACUAUGAUGACAGUAGAAGAAAAACCAGAUGUAACUUAUAGUGAUGUUGGUGGAUGUAAAGAACAAAUUGAAAAAUUAAGAGAAGUUGUAGAAUUACCAUUAUUAUCACCAGAAAGAUUUGUUAAAUUAGGUAUUGAUCCUCCAAAGGGUAUAUUAUUAUAUGGACCUCCAGGUACUGGUAAAACAUUAUGUGCAAGAGCUGUUGCUAAUAGAACUGAUGCAACAUUUAUAAGAGUUAUAGGAUCAGAAUUAGUUCAAAAAUAUGUUGGAGAAGGUGCAAGAAUGGUUCGUGAAUUAUUUGAAAUGGCUAGAACUAAGAAAGCAUGUAUUAUUUUCUUUGAUGAAGUUGAUGCCAUUGGUGGUGCAAGAUUUGAUGAUGGAGCUGGUGGAGAUAAUGAAGUUCAAAGAACUAUGUUGGAAUUAAUUACUCAAUUAGAUGGGUUUGAUCCAAGAGGUAAUAUUAAAGUAAUGUUUGCAACCAAUAGACCCAAUACAUUAGAUCCUGCAUUAUUAAGACCGGGAAGAAUUGAUCGUAAAGUAGAAUUUUCUUUACCAGAUUUAGAAGGUCGUGCCAAUAUUUUUAGAAUUCAUUCUAAAACUAUGAGUUGUGAAAAGGAUAUAAGAUGGGAAUUAAUUUCUAGAUUAUGUCCUAAUGCAACUGGUGCUGAAUUAAGAUCUGUUUGUACUGAAGCUGGUAUGUUUGCAAUUAGAGCUAGAAGAAAAGUUGCUAAUGAAAAGGAUUUCUUACAAGCCGUUGAUAAGGUCAUUAAGGGUAAUUUGAAAUUUAGUUCUACUAGUCAAUAUAUGCAAUAUAAUUAGGUUUAUAUAUAAUUAAUAUUAUAAUACAGAUUUUUUCAUUGU